CAACCGCACAAUCGUCCCCUCCCGUCUCAGCAAAACAAUUAGUGACCUUUAGCAGUUCAGUAAAAGUGGUUCCUCGCGCUCCCGGUUCAAAAUGAAACUCUUUGCCGUUUGUGUCCUUUUGUGUGCGGUGGUGAGCUGUUUCGUCUCGGCAGAGGAAACAAGCGCGGACCGUGUGAAGCGACAAUUUGGCUUCGGUGGCGGUUAUGGAGGAUACCAGAAUCCCUUCUUCGGUUACGGAGGUCAUGGGGGAUAUGGACUAUACGGCGGCCAUGGCGGCCACGGAGGAUAUGGGCUGUAUGGCGGACACGGAUAUGGCGGGCAUGGCUAUGGCGGGCAUGGCUAUGGUGGUCACGGCUAUGGCGGAUACGGACACGGCGGACACGGAUAUGGUGGCCAUGGGUACGGCGGUGGGUACGGCGGUGGAUACGGCGGUGGAUACGGAGGCUUCUUUGGAUAAAUCAUGGAAGAGGAUUGAUCCAGUGGUUAAUUGGCCUUUUUGUGAAGCUGGAACCAUGCGUAAAGAU